CGUCAUCCGCUGCAGAAUGCUAGGGGUGCUGGGCCUGCUGCUCCUGGUGGCGUUCGCCACACUUCUCGUGUGGGACUACUUCUGCCGGAAGAGGCGCAACGAUAUGCUGCACUACAUGCCGGGUCCUCGGCCACUUCCUCUGCUGGGAAACGUUCUUAUGUACCGUGGUCUGAACGCCGAACAAAUCAUGGACUUUGUGACCAAGAACCAGCGCAAGUACGGUCGCCUCUACAGGGUGUGGGUAAUGCACCAGCUGGCCGUGUUCUCCACGGAUCCCCGGGACAUCGAGUUCGUGCUCAGCAGCCAUCAGCACAUCACCAAGAAUAAUCUGUACAAACUACUCCAUUGCUGGCUGGGCGAAGGACUGCUGAUGAGCACGGGCAGGAAGUGGCACGGCCGAAGGAAAAUCAUAACGCCCACGUUUCACUUCAAGAUACUGGAGCAGUUCGUCGAGAUCUUCGAUCAGCAGAGCGCUGUGAUGGUGGAUCAGCUUCGGUCCUGGGCCGAUGGCAAGACGCCCAUCAACAUUUUUCCGGUGGUGUGUCUGACGGCUCUGGAUAUCAUUGCAGAAACUGCCAUGGGCACAAAGAUCAAUGCCCAGAAGAAUCCGAACCUGCCUUAUGUCCAGGCUGUCAACGACGUCACCAACAUCAUGAUCACUCGUUUCAUCAACGCUUGGCAGCGGGUGGACUGGAUAUUCCGGCUGACGCAGCCCGCAGAAGCUAAGCGACAAGAUGCAGCCAUCAAGGUGAUGCACGACUUUACCGAGAACAUAAUACGGGAGCGGCGUCACACGCUGGUCAACAGCUCCAAGGAGACAACGCCAGCUGAUCAGGUAGAUGAUCUGGGCCAGAAGCGUCGCAUGGCACUGCUGGAUGUGCUGCUACAGUCCACAAUCGAUGGCGCUCCGUUGAGCGAUGAGGAUAUCCGCGAGGAAGUGGACACAUUUAUGUUCGAGGGCCACGACACCACAACAUCGGCCAUUUCCUUCUGUUUGUAUGAGAUCUCCAGGCAUCCGGAGGUGCAGCAGCGCAUGGUGCAGGAGAUUCGUGAGGUGCUAGGCGAGGAUAAAAAUAGACCAGUUACACUUCGGGAUCUGGGGGAGCUCAAGUACACGGAGAAUGUGAUCAAGGAGUCGCUGCGCCUGCAUCCGCCAGUGCCUAUGAUUGGCCGCUGGUUCGCCGAGGAUGUGGAAAUACGUGGCAAGCGUAUCCCAGCGGGUACUAACUUCACAUUGGGCAUUUAUGUUCUCCUUCGUGAUCCGGAGUACUUUGAGUCGCCCGAUGAGUUCCGACCGGAGCGGUUCGAGGCGGAUGUUCCUCAGACUCAUCCGUAUGCGUACAUCCCCUUCUCCGCUGGACCCAGGAACUGUAUUGGCCAGAAGUUCGCCUUGCUGGAGAUGAAGAGCACCGUCAGCAAGCUGCUCCGACACUUCGAGCUGCUACCCUUGGGUCCAGAACCCAGGCACUCGAUGAACAUCGUCCUGCGUUCGGCCAACGGCGUCCAUUUGGGCUUGAAACCUCGUGCAGCUGAAGAAACGGUGUUGUGAAUAAAUGUGUAAAUAUCUGUUAACGAUUGAA